UGGACGACUGUACCAUGUUUGGUAACUGCACAGAACAUGUACUGUUCUCGUAAAGCUGGACAACUUUCAAUAUUAGCAUCACAGGGAACCAGGGAGGUGCCGACAGCUCAGGGAGCCUGGAAGGGACCAUCAUCACAGGGAGCCAGAGAGGUGCCGGUAUCUCAAGGAGCCUGGAAGGGACCAGCAUCAAAGGAAGCCAGAGAGGUGCCGGUAGCUCAAGGAGCCUGGAAGGGACCAGCAUCACAGGGAGCCAGUGAGGUGCCGGUAGCUCAAGGAGCCUGGAAGGGACAGUCAUCACAGGGAGCCAGAGAGGUGCCGGUAGCUCAAGGAGCCUGGAAGGGACCAGCAUCACAGGGAGCCAGUGAGGUGCCGGUAGCUCAAGGAGCCUGGAAGGGACAGUCAUCACAGGGAGCCAGAGAGGUGCCGGUAGCCCAAGGAGCCUGGAAGGGACCAUCAUCACAGGGAGUCAGAGAGGUGCCGGUAGCUCAAGGAGCCUGGAAGGGACCAGCAUCACAGGGAGCCAGUGAGGUGCCGGUAGCUCAAGGAGCCUGGAAGGGACCAUCAUCACAGGGAACCAGAGCCAGAAAGGUGCCGGUAUCUCAAGGAGCCUGGAAGGGACCAGCAUCACAGGAAGCCAGCGAGGUGCCGGUAGCUCAGGGAGCCUGGAAGGGACCAGCAUCACAGGGAGCCAGCGAGGUGCCGGUAGCUCAGGGAGCCUGGAAGGGACCAGCAUCACAGGGAGCCAGUGAGGUGCCGGUAGCUCAGGGAGCCUGGAAGGGACCAGCAUCACAGGGAGCCAGUGAGGUGCCGGUAGCUCAGGGAGCCUGGAAGGGACCAGCAUCACAGGGAGCCAGCGAGGUGCCGGUAGCUCAGGGAGCCUGGAAGGGACCAGCAUCACAGGGAGCCAGUGAGGUGCCGGUAGCUCAGGGAGCCUGGAAGGGACCAGCAUCACAGGGAGCCAGUGAGGUGCCGGUAGCUCAGGGAGCCUGGAAGGGACCGGCAUCAAAGGGAGCCAGAAAGGUGUAG